GUCUCAUGGGUGUAUCUUCUUCUUUUCCCGUUCUGCAUUCUUUGACCGGGGCAUCAAAAUCUGCAGCUUCAACUACACAGGUGUUUGCAUAGAAUGGGGAAAACGGCUUACAAGAGGUUGCUGGGAAGCCAGAGCUUCCGGCAACGCCUUCUUCUCGCUACUCUCUCUUCGACUCCCAUUCUCAUCGAAGACAUUCGCGCCGACGAGACUUGGCCAGGUCUCCGCAACCACGAGAUUUCACUCCUCCGUCUCUUUGAAACUGUCUGCGAUGAUUGCCAUGUAGAAAUCAACGAAACUGGUACCAAAUUAAAGUACAAGCCUGGAACUAUUAUCGGUGGCAGGCAACACCGUGCUCACGAUUGUGGCGUCUCGCGCUCCAUUGCCUAUUUUCUGGAGCCACUCAUUGUGUUGUGUUUGUUUGCCAAACAGCCCCUCACGAUUAGGCUCAAAGGAAUUACGAAUGAUUCUAAGGAUCCAUCUGUUGAUACCUUCAAGUCUACUGCUUUACCCAUAUUGAAGCGCUUUGGAGUUCCCUCUGAAGGCUUGGAGCUUAAAAUAGAGAGUCGUGGAUUACCUCCCGAUGGUGGUGGCGAAGUUGUUUUAUCACUUCCUGUUGUUCAGAGUCUAUCUGCUGUUAGUUGGAUUGAUGAAGGUUUUGUGAAGAAAAUUAGAGGAACUACCUUUUCAACCAGGGUGUCCGUUCAGUUUGAAAAUAGCAUGAUUAAAGCUACCCGUGGAAUAAUCAAUCCUUUGGUUUCUGAUGUGCACAUUUUCUCUGAUCACAGAUCAGGUCCUCAGGCUGGAAAUUCUCCUGGCUAUGGGAUUUCGCUUGUUGCGGAAACUACUUCUGGUUGCUUCAUCUCUGCAGACACUGCUGUUUCUCAUUCCAGGGAUGAUGAUACUUCUAGCCUUCCAGAUGACGCAAAAAGAGACCUGAUGCCUCCAGAGGAUAUUGGUGUGGGGACUGCCAAUGCUUUACUUGGUGAGAUAGCUCAAAAUGGAGUGGUAGAUUCAACACAUCAGGGCUUGCUAUUUCUUCUUUGUGCACUAUGCCCUCAAGAUGUUUCAAAGGUUCGCGUUGGAAAACUUUCUCAGUACGGGGUUGAGACUCUUAGAAACAUAAGGGAUUUUCUAAAUUUGAAGUUCAUUAUCAAACCAGAGCCGAACACACAGUCAGUUUUUCUCAAGUGUGUUGGUUAUGGCAUGAAGAACCUUUCUCGAAAGGUAUCAUAAAGCGCGUUCAAAAGUGUUAUAAAUCCAAAAUACAAGUCUGAAAGAAUUGCAAUUUUGAAGCAACUGCUACUUUGACACCUGGAAAAGACCUCAACAGCAGCUUCAAUAUGUAAUAUUAUGCCAAUGAUCAUGAUGUACCCUUCUCCCGUAUGAAUUAACAGGUGAAAUUCAGAUUCAAUUGUAACCCAGUUUUGCUAGCUAUAAAUAUAUUUGAGCGUUUUA